AUGAGUGGUCCCACUCCAGAUGGAUUUCAUAUAGGACUUGUAGAAAAUAUUUGCUCAGGGAGCUUGAAUCCAAGGAAAGGCAGCUAUGGGUGGUGGGAAGGAGACGGACUUGGGAAGCAUGGCCCGUGCUGCACUGAACAAGAGGAAUGGGGAAAAAAUGGAAGAUCACAAGCUCUCAUAACAACACUCCACCAGAAACCAACAAAGAGAAGGAAGGAACCCUCGCACAAGGACUCUUGGUCCAACUCCGACGGGUGCAGCUGUACGGGACCCUACAUUGUAAAUGUGCGCUUGUCUCGGUGCUCAGAUGGUCAGUAUGGGUCCAUGCACACAUGCCCGAAGGUUGAUGCAAUGUUGACAGUGACCAGUGACAGCCGAAAGGCGUCAUUGGGGUCCCGAUUGGUUGGAAGACGGCAGCUUUCUGCAGAUGCCAGUGUGUUCCUUCUUGACCAGGGGUGUUUGUUGGUUGUUACGGGCGGCAUGGUGCGUGACCGAGUCUGGUCUGGUGUGCUCUGGCGUGCAGGAGGGUCAAGGGUGUGA